CGGACGGUGAGAGUGCCACUGAGUUUGAGAGUUUAACGUGGGUGAAUAUCCGGACGCAGGGAGGCGCGACCGUCAGGAUCAGCCACAGGUUGCGCGGCUCUCGUGUAUUCAGCAUCUCGGCGCUUGCACAGUGAAUCCAGUAUGUCACGAGGAGGGUUCUGAUGCUGAGGGUGCAUAAACCCCCAUAGACCCAUUUAUUGUCGGCCACCCCUAGACGCCGGACGUCAUUCCCCCGCUGUUGGGGUUUUUUUUUCGACGGCAGCUUCCAGAUGAAAUAAUUUUUUGCAGAAUAUGUUGGAAAAUGUCGCGAAUUGGCCUAUUUCAUCAAAAUAAAUAUAUAUUAUACAUAUGUAUAUAUCUAAAUAUAUAAUAUAUACACCAGUAAUAUUUAGAGAUCAGUAAAAGAUGAUUCGGAAUAAUUCUGAUUUUUAAUUCUUGGAACACGUGACACGAGUGGUAUUUAAAAUACUUUCUUUCAAGUUUCCACUAGUCUAGGAAGUACUAGGAAAUACGUUGACCUAUACUGCUUGAGGAUAGAUCAUUCAAUGAAAUAUGUUAUCAGUGUCAAUUCUAGAUAACGCAGUUGUCUGUCUGGUUGGGCUGAAAUGCCCCAAGUCGACUUGUUCAAUUCGUGAGUCCAAGAGUGUCGAACAUCAAAAUCCAAAAUGAUGGGCAUGUACUUUCAUUUCGGAGUGACAGAGACGGCGAUUCUGUUCUCUAAUUGGCGAACAGAUGAUUGGCAAGGAAUUCUCGGUUCGAUGAUUGGAAUUAUUCUGCUCGGGGCUAUUUACGAGGGCCUGAAGAACUACAGAGAACAUUUAUUCCUCCGAACAACUCUGAUGAACCGUCAUACGCUGGCGAAACCAACGAGAAGGAAAGCCCUUUUUUCCGCUAUUCAUCUACUCCAGACACUUCUCCACAUGAUCCAGUUGAUACUCGGCUACUUCUUAAUGUUCAUAUUCAUGACUUAUAAUGUCUGGUUGGCACUGGCCGUUGUUAUUGGCACUGGCCUCGGGUAUUGGAUCUUCGCGUGGGAUAAAUGCACCAACGAACACACCGACUGCUGCGGUUGAAUGGUCAUUGCAAAAUAAAAUUAAUCUACAAAAAUCUCCAAUCAUUAAAUCUUCAUAACCAUCGAGUAAAUAACAAAUAAAAGGGGGGAAAUUUUUAUUGUAAAAAAAUAGUGAAAUAAGUUCUUUAAUUAAUAAUUAUUAUGUCAGUAAGAUCGCUUUUGUACGUUAUAAUUAUUUAAUUUAAUGGGUCACAAUUAUUUUCUAUUUAACUUUCUUUUAUAAACAAUGUAAUGACUUUUAAGUGAAUAAAAUGGAGUCUCAUUCCAUCGGAAUGUAUUAUUCUUGAAGAUUUAGAGGCCCAAUGUCUGUCGAGAAUACCGGGAGGUGAUAAAUACGAAAUCAGAUUUGAUUAUCGUCCAUCGCCACUGAUUACACGAACGAAAAAAAAAUGGGAAUGAGUAUUUGAUAAGAAUGUUUCAGUACUUCAAGUGGGUUUGAGCUUUGGACGUCGUGGAGACGAUGGACAAUACCCGGAGCACAGAUGUAAUUUGCUGUCAAGCAGCUUCAAUAUCGGGCGAUGGCGAUGACGUAUCCGCGAGACGAGUGAUACUAUCUUGGGAUAAAUUCAAUACCAGAGUUUGGCUGGUUUUUGUGGUGUCUUUUGUCAUCUGGGCAGUGGCAUUUUUCGCUGCCUAUGCACCGGGACAUGAGGGGGCUAACCAUGGGGACAUGGAUCAUGGAGGAAUGCAUCACGGGGACAUGGAUCAUGGAGGAAUGCAUGGAGGGAUGAACCAUUCGGCGAUGCAUCAUGAAGGAAUGCAUCACAUGCAUCACUGAGAAAUACGGAUCUCCAGUAAUAACCCAGCGAUGCUGUGACACGAAUACUCCAGUGUUUCUAUGUAUAGAAUAAUCCGAAUUUACUUGGAUCAAUUGUUCUUCCUCUCCCUCCCCAGCUGAUUCGGAAUAACCGGAGACUCGCGGAUAUCCAAGUAAUGCGGGAAUUUACCCUUCAGCCGAAGAAUAUUUUUGGGAACUACUCAAGAACUAUGCAGAACUAUUCAGAAAUAAAAUAGUUUAUAGAAAAGACUAA